CAACGUUCCCACCUGUCCGUCCGGUCCGUCUGUGGCCCGAACAAGCGAGGAGCUUCCUCUUCCUUUUCUUUCCGCUUCCCUGCUCCGCUCUGCUCUGAGCCUCGAAGAUCAGCAUGCGCAAAGCGCAGCCAGGGGGGAAGUUGAAGAGAGGAAGGGAGCAGGUGUAGAAUUUUGCGAACGUACGGAGAGUCGACAGGGGCUCGAAAAGAGAGGGAAUUUUAGCUUCCACACGUGAAGUCUGACGAUGAGGGACGGGUGAAUGCCCGCCGCUCCACUGGCACUGUUGAAUGCGAUGCAAUAGCAUAGAAUAGAAUAGAUUAGAUCGGAGCAGAGCAAAGCAGAUCGAGCGAGCGAGGGUGGGGAUGGGGCGGGGGAGGGGGGGAAAAGCAAGUAACGGUCUGCGUGCGAGCCUGGGUGCACCUCUCUACUCUCUACUGUACGUAGUCUGAGCCUUUUAGGCCGGUCCGCGGAGAUUUUUGGAGGCGGACAUUCAUUCGGUUGCCGCCCCCUUUGCCUUUACCUUGGCGCUCACUCUGAGCCUCUGAUUCACCAGUCUCGUGUGCAUUGGUGUCGAAAGGCCAAAAGAUGAGCGGCUCAUUCUGCUGGAAUCGAGAAGUUCCGGCUGUAAAUGACAUUGCUUCAUGCAGGGACGACAACGGAGUCGGCCUGCGGUCUAUGGACAGCCAGAGAUGGAGGAGACGACAAGUACAGGAUGAGGAGGAGGAGAGCUGGAGCAGGAGGAGGAGGACGACAGCCCUCUGCAGUUCUAUGGACAAUACAUUACACACAAUCGUUCAGGACAAGCAGUCCAGGAGUCCAGGACCCAGAACCCACGAGACUGGCACGAGUUCGAAUAGCGCCAAGGAGGAAUCCUUCCCGGGAUUCAGGGCCUGAGCGUCUGUGGCAAUUUGGAGCUACGCUAAAAGAUCAAUCAUCCUGGACACAUACGCCGACGAAUAAAUGCGGACAAAGUGGAUUCCAUCCAUCAAUCGCCCAUAAUAAAUCAACUUUCUUUCUUCCAGUUAGUCAGUCAUUCAUUCAUUCAUUCUUGCAACGAUAUUCGCUCUUGAUUCGAUUUUUAAUUAAAGAGCCCCUUUAACUUUC